AUGACGUCAAUAGCCUGGUUGUCAUUACGUAAUUAGCCUGGUCGUCAUGAUGUCAUUAGUCUGGUUAUCAUGACGUCAUUAGACUGGUUGUGGUUUCAGCAAUAUAUUGCAUUUAAAAAGGUCUAAUUAGCUACUUGAUUAUCUUCACUCUUCUCUUCUCUCCUCAGUCUUUGUGACGUUGACAUGCGCCUUCCGUUAUGGCCGUGAGGACUUGGAUGUUCUGGGCUUGACGUUUCGGAAGGACCUCUUCGUGGCCAACAUCCAGGCCUUCCCUCCAGUGCCUGAAGACAAAAAGAGCUUAACUCGCCUUCAAGAACGCCUGAUCAAAAAGCUUGGGGAACAUGCUCACCCUUUCACCUUCGAGGUAAUGGUCACCACCAUUGUGAUCUCUAUUAGGAGUUUUUUUUGAGUUUUUUUUUUUUUGUUAGUGUUGUUGUUUUUGUUGUCAUAUGUGAAUUGUAUAAUGUUGUAAUGUUUUUGCACCAUACACUUUAGGGACCACAGUGGGAAAAAGUAUCUGACACCAUUCCACUGUGUAUAUGUAUUAUUUUUUUAACUGGCAGAUAAAAUGAAUCAAUCAAUGAUCUCAUCCUAAUUUCUAAAUGAAGGUAGCACAUCAUCCAACCUCCUGUCAGCUGUUUUAAGUACUAAGGUUGAAACUUUUUUUAUAUUUCUGUCGACAGAUUCCACUGAAUUUACCAUGCUCAGUCACCCUGCAGCCUGGACCGGAGGACACAGGGAAGGUGCUUCUCGGGUUCAGCCUAAAUCUAACUUUAACCUGUAUAGGUUCAAACAGUUACAAUCCAUAAUGACAUUUAAGCAGAAAAAUAAUCCAACUUAAAAGUGAAAACUUGUUUCUAUAUUUUGUCUCUGAAGGCCUGCGGGGUUGACUUUGAAGUCAAAGCUUUCUGCUCAGAGAACGUCCAAGACAAAAUACAUAAAAGGUAA